CAAUCGGCCGCAGUGUGUGGCGCGCCCUCGCCAUCGCCGUCCGCACGCCGCGCUCGCUCCCUACUCGCACUAAACUUAAUACGUACUUAUUACCAACUUAAAUCACUUAUUACAAACUUAACUUACUACGUAUUUCAUUAAAAUUUGAAGGCAUAAGUAAAAAUAGUACUAACGUAAAUUUUUAAAUAACUACAAACAUCCCGAAGAACUUUGUUGGUAAACUUUUACGUCAAUGAUUAAAGGAUCGAGAUGGAUAUCUCAUGUUUCACAAUUUGACGACAACGCGGAGAAUCUUUCGUGACUAGAAAUAUGCAGCAGCCUUGGUGGCUAUACUUGCUAGCUGUAUUCUGGAUACGUCUUGAUUCUAAGCUCGUAGGUCAAGCAUUUCAGCCAGAAUUUGCGGAACCUCUAUCAAAUCUAACUGUACCGAUUGGGCGAGAUGCAAUCUUCAGAUGCCUAGUUCAAAACCUUGGAGGUUAUAGAGUAGGUUGGGUGAAAGCUGAUACUAAAGCGAUACAAGCAAUUCAUGUGCAUGUAAUAACAAAUAAUCAUAGAGUCAGUGUAUCACAUAACGGUCAAACUGUAUGGAAUUUACACAUCAGGAACGUACAAGAAGAAGACCGAGGUCAAUACAUGUGUCAAAUUAAUACAGAUCCAAUGAAAAGUCAGAUGGGGUACCUAGAUGUUGUUAUACCUCCUGACUUCAUUUCGGAGGAAACAUCGGGCGAUGUGAUGGUCCAUGAAGGCGGGACAGUGCGAGUGUCGUGUCGUGCUCGUGGCCAGCCCGAGCCGCGCGUCAUGUGGCGUAGAGAAGACGGUUCAGAUCUUGUAAUUAGACAUACAAAUGGAACUAAAACUAAAGUGUCAAUAUAUGAGGAGGCAGUGCUAGCAUUCAAUAAAAUCUCGCGGUCAGAAAUGGGUGCAUACCUGUGCAUUGCGAGUAAUGGUAUUCCACCUUCUGUUAGCAAGAGGAUUGUCAUCAAAGUGCAUUUUCAUCCAGUUAUUCAAGUACCCAACCAACUUGUGGGGGCGCCUCUCGGAACCGACGUCACAUUAGAGUGCUACGUCGAAUCAUCGCCAAAGUCCAUCGUCUACUGGGUGAGAGAUUCAAAUGAAAUGGUAAUAUCGUCAGAGAAGUAUGAAGUCCUCAAUACAAUGUUGAGCCCUUUCGAAAGCCGCAUGACAUUGUCCAUACGUCGAUUGGAGAAGAUUGACCUUGGAGGCUACAGAUGUAUUGCAAAGAAUUCAUUAGGCGAAGUAGACAGUAACAUCAGGUUGUACGAAAUACCGGGACAAGAUCGAUUGAAAAGUUUAAGCACAGAACAGAAUAAAGAAGAUUACAAAUAUUCAACACCUUUAGAAGGUCCUGAUAAUCAAUUCGGAUCCGCAGAUACUUCUGAUGAUGAAGACGAAAGAGAAACUUCAACAGAUGUCUUCAAUAAAAUGUUAAUAACUGCUUCAAAUGAUACUGCAAAUAAAACUUUACAUUUAACUCGUUCAAACGCAAUAAGUAAAUUAAACUUAAGUAACAAAGUAAAGAAAAUCACAAAUAAAUUUGAUAUAACUUAUCAAAAUAAUGCUUGUAAAAAUUAUAAUGUACAAUUAAUACUGAUAUUAUCGUUUGUAUUAAAGAGUGUUUUAUAUUUGUAAUAUUAAAUAAAAAUCGCCUUCACAAAUUAAAAAUACUAAAUCGAUAACUUCCUUGCUCUUUUAUCAAUAAAUUUUUAUUAAAUGAAAUUAAUUUAUUAAAAAAGAAUUAAAAAUACAUUUGGUCGUAGUUUGAUAACAGUAAUGCAAAACCUACGGCUCAUAAACCUAAUUGAAUGUGUCGAGGCGAGCGGGAAAUUGGUAUUGAUGCGAAAGUUCCGCUAGCACAAAAUUAAUAUUCAACUGAUGUUUAAACAUGUACAUACCGGCAUUAUAUUAUGCUAAUUUGCAUAACAUACUGGCUUUUAAUAAAUAUUGUGAAAGCUAUUUUAAUAAUGGAAGUAAAAUUAUAUUGCUUAUUGUUACGUUAUUACGUUAUUGUAUAAACUUUUUUGUACACUGUACACGUCGAAGAACAUACGUGUGACGUCAUCGAAUCUUGUUACCAUGCAUGUUGUUCAGUUAAAUCUAUUUUAAAAAUCUAUCUAAUAUUCUAAUUCCUUGUUAAUAAAAGUUAAAAUGUAUAGAAAGUUAUAAAAUAAUUACUCAGAUAUACUCGCUAAUAAAUUUUGAUUGUUGUGCACAGAUAUAAAAUAGCUAUAUUUUAAUAAGCAAACAUUUUGUAUAAAAGUAUACAAUGUUCAAGUACUAAUAAACAAUAGGCUCGCAAUUUCCACACCAGUUACUUAUGAAUGGAAAACUAAUGUAUAAUAUUUCAAUGUUAACAUGUAUCCAUAAUUAAAGUAAAACGAAAACGUAUGUAUA